AUGAAAGUAGGAGCCUCUGUUCGUAAAAUUUGUGAAAAAUGUCGAUUGAUACGCAGGCGAGGUCGAAUUAUAGUAAUUUGUUCCAACCCAAAACAUAAACAAAGACAAGGAUAA